UAUUAUGAUAAAUUGUUGUAUUUUUGUAAACGUAAAACGUUUGUUCUUAAUAUUUUUUGCAACAAAAAAUAGAAAAAAUCUAAAAUUUGUUCCAUAUAUUUUAUCUUGCGUAUUUAACUUAUUUUUAUUACAGCGAAUUAUAUUUGAUCAGUGCCUAAAUAGACUAAAAAUGUCAUAAUUUUAGUUAUAUUUUUAAUAUGUGUAUAAAUAUAUGAGUAACUACAGAAUAUGUAUACUCAAAGAGGUGUUAGUUUCAAUUUAAGACAAAAAGUCCUUAUAAACUAAAUUAACCAAAACUAUGAUUCAUGUAUCAGAAGCUAUAAUAACGGGGGAUACCUGUAAGCAAAAAUCUAAACCACAUUUACCAACAGUUAAGGAUACAAUUCAAAUUUUAAAUAAGCCAAUAAUAAAACCAUCAAUUCCUACUAUAAAUGAAACUAUUCUAGUUAAUGAGCAAUGUAAGUAUUAUCUAAUUCAAUAUUGUAACUACCUACUAAUUCAUAUAAUAAUUAUCUUGAAUAUUUAUAUUAAUUUAGGUACACUGCCAAAAAAUACUAAGACUAUAGAAACAAAAUUAUUUAUUGAAAAAAAGAAAAAAGAAAGAGCUGAAAAAUGUAAAUUAGAUUUAUUAGAAAAAAAAAAGUUAUUAGAAGAACGAAAAAAAAAAUUAGAUCAGUUACAAAAAACUACAAGAGAACUAGCUAAGGCUUCUAUCAAGCAAAAGACUCCCCGUGUUCAAGACAAAUGUAACAUUGGUACUAAUUUAGCAACUGAAUCAAAUGAACCUAAAAUGGAUCAAACAUGGUCACCUCCACCAUCUAAAGUUAAAAGUCUUAAAAAACCACCUCCAGAACCUGUACCAAAAAAGUCAAAAAAAGAUUUUAAAAUUGCAGAGGAAUAUUCAAAUGCUACAAAAGAUGUCGAUCAAACGUGGUCACCUCCACCUCCUAAAGUUAAAAGUCUUAAAAAACCACCAGAACCUCUUAGAAAUAUUCAAAAAAAUUCAAUAAAAGAUUUUAAUACUACAGAUACAUGUACAAAUGAUACAAAAGAUAUUAUAAGUGCAUGUACAUCUUCAAAAGAAGCAAAUAAAAUUUCAACAACAAAAGUAAUCAAGCAAAAACCUCAACAACGUGAAGUUACCAAACCUGAAAAUUUAUUUUCUAAAUUAAAAUUUAAUGAUGAUGAUUAUCAAUUAUUUGAUAAAAAUUUGUUUAAUAUUUCGAUGCCUAAACUAAUUGAUACUGAUAUUUCUCUCGUUCAUAAAGAUAAUAAUGAUGUGACAAUUUCAAAUGAAUUGUGCCAUGAUAAUGAAAAACAACCAGUUGAUGAUGCUAAUUUAGAUAAAGAAACAUUGAUUAUGCCUGACAUUAAUUUGAGUACAAAGCCUUUAGAUAUUGUAAAUAAUAAUACUAAAUCACAUACAGGCUUAAAGUUGCCUAUUAGAUCACAUGAGGAAAUUAUGAAAAAUAUUGACCAUCUAGAAGAACUUCAAGAAUUAUUAUUUGAUCAGUGUUUGCCAGUUAAAAAGUGUAAUACAGAAUCCACCCAAACUGAGAAUCAUAAUAAUAUAUUAUCAUUGUUGACUUCAAAAUCUCCUCCACCUCCAAUGAAUUUUAUUUCAGUAUUAAAAUGUAAACUUAAUUUACAACAAUCAGAAAAAAAUGAUUUGGAAUUCGGUGAACCAGCUGCUAAUUUGAGUAUAAAUGAAUGUGCAAUUGAAAAUAAUUUGUAUUCUAAUAAAAUCAAUAAUCUUGAUUCUAAUGAAGUUAAUAAACUAGACCUAAAUGUUUGUAACGAAAAGACAAAUUUACCUAGUAUCAAUCAUAUUGAACCAAAAAACUAUUUAGAUAGUUAUAAACCUUCAUUAAUUGAUGAACCAACUAAGACAAAGUCUAGUAACUCGUUUUCGAUUGAAACAAUUGAAAAUAAUAAUCGUGAAGAAAACGUGAAUGCAAUAAAUAAUGACAUACUAUUUAAUAAGUUAAAUAUAAUAACUAAUGAAGAUAUUAAACAAGUUGUGAAAAAACUUAAUUACAACUUUGAUUUGUUAUUAAAAAACAAUUGUAAUUAUUCAAAUAAUUUUCAUAAUAAUACGAUCACUAAUUUAAAAUUUGAUGAAAAUAAUACAAAUAAUAGAUCAUCUAUUUGUUUUCCUGAAAUCCAUGACGAAUUCCAAGCAGAACUUAAUACUCUUGACCAAUUAAAUGACUCUUUAUGUGAUAUUGAAAGAAUGAGUUGUGACAUGUCAAUUAAAACUAAUGAACAAUCUAUCGAGCUCAAUGAUCACACUAAUUCUAAUAAUGACAGUGAUAUCCCUUCAACAUUUUCCAAACUAAAUGUUUUAUCAUCAAACAUGGUGGGUGUAGAUAAAACAAUAACUGGCUUUUCUAUUCAAAUGUUUGAACAAUUAAUGAAGGAUGAAAAACUCAGGGCAAAACAACACCAUACUAUUCUUAGUUUAAGAGAAAAAUCAUUAACUAAUCGUUUAAAGUGGGAAGUUACUAUGUAUGACCUUCAAGUGAAAAAUUUCAAAAACAGACCUGGUUAUGAAAAACAGUUUCAAUUGUUCAAACAAAAACAAAGAGGUACUGUAAAAAAAUUGGAACACUCCUUGUCACAAGUAAAACGGCUUGGUAGAGUAAUUGAUUCAGUAUAUAAGCAACGUUUUAUAAUGCUUGAAGAACAGCUACAACAUUUAAGAAACCAAUCAUCAUCCAAACAAGUAAUACGUAAAUUAAAACGCUUAGAUCAGUUUCCAAAGAAAGAUGAACAUGAUUAUCGGUCAAUUAAUUCUCAUGUUUUUAAGCAAUUUGAUAAAUCUGACUUUUUUGAUAAUAUUGAUAGUGAACAUGAUAAUAUUAAUCCGAUUGAAUCAAAAAAUAAUACUUUACCAACAAAAUUUGAAUUGGAUAAAUCUAAAAUUAUAUUGCAAAAUCAAGCAACUUCUCCUAUUAGUAUUGAAACAAAUAUUUUAAAUCAAGUUCAAAAUGUUGAAGUUCAAACAGAUGUUAUUCAUUCUUCUGAGUCUGUCAUUGAUAAAGCUAUACAAACCUCUAAAACAAAAUGUAACUAUACCAAUAGUGAAAAUAUACAAUCACUUAAUUCUAUUGAUUCAACUUAUAAAAAAGAAAUAUUUUAUGCAAUUAAAACCAAGGAUAAAAGAUCAUUGUCGCCAAUUUUACCAACAAGUCCUGUUAAACUGAAGAAACAUCUUUCAGAAACAUCAAUUAGUACAAAUUCAGAACAGAGUGACCUAGAUACGCGGAUAAUAACUUUACAAGAACAGCUUGAAGCUAAAAAGUUAGAAUCGUUAAGAUUGAAAAAAGAACAAAAAAAACUUAGAUUAGAGAAUCUUAAAGCUAAAGAACAAGAUCUUUUGAAACAAAUAAAUUUAUAUGAUAAGAAAAUUGAAGAAUCAAAAAAAAGUUUGAUGGUUGAAAUUAAGAAAAAAAAUAUGCACGAAUCAAAAACUUCAAUAAAAACUAAUUCUUCUUCAACAGAUUCCAGCUGUUCUGUUCUUCAAAAUAUAAUUAAUUAUGAAAAUGAUCAUAAUCAGCGAAUAGAUAAAUCAGAUAAAAUAACAUGGAUAGAUGGGAAAAAAUAUUUCUAUCCAAUUGAAACCAGUACAGCAUGUAAUCAUAGUAUAUCUCUAGAUAAAUCAGUAAAUGAAUUACAAAAAAAAAAUGUUAAUAAAUUGAAGGAAAAUCAUAAUAUGUAUACAAAUAAGUUUGAUUCAGUAAAUAUUGAUAAUAAAAAACUUACAGAACAAUCAUUUCAAGCUUUAGAAUCAAUUCCAGUUAAUGGAGAUGAGCUGUUACAUGAAAAGCACACUGCAAAAGAAGGUAAUGCUUCAAAAAAAUCUUAUAAAAUUGAAACUGAAGUAAGUAUUAAAUCCCAACCACAGAAUACAUUAAAUAUUCAAACAUCAAAUUAUCCCAAAGAAAAUUCAAAAGAAGAAAAACAUGCACGUGAAGUAAAUAAAACAAUUGAUAAUCGUAUAAAUUUAGAUAUUCCUUUAUGCAAGUAUUCUUUUUCAAAUCAAAUUAUAUCAGAAACUUCAAAUAACCAAGAACCAUGUUUAAUAACAGAUAAUAAAAAGUCACUGAUUGUUCAUGACAAUAUUAACUGCUCUAAUACAACAAGUUCAUGUGAUAAAAGUGCUAGUGGAAAAAAUCUACUAAUGAACUUGAAUAAAAAUGAUGUUGAUGUAUGUGAAAAACAAGAAAACAAUAUCAAUAAAUUUGAUGUACCAAAUUAUAAAAUUGGAUUAGAUGAUAUUUAUAGUUCAGAUUUUACAUCAGAUGAUUAUACAUCCGACUUUCAAGGGUCAUAUCAAUUUAAUAAAAAUGAUAGUAUUAUAGAAUUAAACGACAGUGAACAAAGUAAUGAAACUUCUUAUGAAGAAGAAAGAAGUGAAGGAGAAACACUAUUUGAGGAUAAAACAUUUAUUGAACAGUAUUCAGAUGAGCAUAGUGAUUUUGUUCAAAAUGAAAAUUCCACUGAUGACAAAGUGCAUGCUAUUACCACUCAUAUUUUUAACUGUCUUCUAAAAGAUACAAAAAAAUCACUAAAAUCUAAUAUGAAUAAAUCAUUUUUUCGUUCAGAGAAAAAUGAUCUUAAUAAUUUAACUGAAGAAACUCCAUUAUUAUUGAUCUUAAAACGCGAAGAAGAGAAUCAAAACCGAAUUAUUCUCUCAAAGCAAGCAACAAUUAUUUCAGAUGCACUUUUUAAACAACAUUUCCAACCAAUUUUUUCCGAAACUCUUCAAAUGUAUUUACCCAGAUUAAAUGAUUUAGAAAUGGAAAAAUUAAAAGUUUAUUUAGGGUGGUCGUCUUCUAAAAGAAAAAAAUUGAAAGUAUCAGAAUGUUUAAAUUUUCAACACAAAAUUAAUGAUGUUGACAAUGAAAAAUCAUUUGAAUUAUUUUAUCAACAGUAUCUAGAGCAGAAGAAAUCUCAGACUUUUCAAGAUGAAAGUAACGAUAUUAUACUCAGCCAUACUCAACAAGAAGCAGAAAAAUUAAAACAAGAACAAAUACGUAUUGAAGAAGAAAUUGAACGUCUUCGAAUGUCCGAAGAAGCUCAAUUUUUUUUAAGAGAAAUCCCUAACAAGCCACCACCUCCUUAUAAAAGCCCCACUAAAAGUACAUCAAUUAUUGAUAUGCCUUAUACAUCUGAUGAAAUUCACAAAAUAGUUUUAACAGCUGCUAAUCAAAUAUUUAAUGGUUCUCAAAGCUCUUUAUCAAAUGACUUUAUUUUAGAUUCAGAUUCAGCUUUGCAUGCUGAUUAUAAAACAUUGAUUUUUGAUUACUGCAAAGAAAUUUCACUUGACUUUUUUAUUGACGAAACAAAUUUACCUUUAUGGAAAAGGUCUAUUAAAAGAUUGAAAAACUUUAAGGCGAGACCAAAAAAUGCUAAAGAUUUAAGUGAUAUAGUUAUAAAAAAAAUGAAUCAAAUUAUUGACAUAGAUGAGUGUGAAGAGAAAGUAAAUAAAUUUGUUGUGAAUCAAAUGUAUGAAGAAGAUAGUAAAUGGACUGAUUUUCAAAUGGAUGAAUUAGAAAUACAAAACAAUAUAGUUCAAAGUUUGAUGAAAAAAUUGGUUUGUGAUACUAUUAUAAAUACCAAAACUAAUUUUUAUUCAAAAUUUAUUUAAAAGAAGUUUUUUUAAGCUUCAUUUAUAUAUUAUAUAUAUAUUAUUUUUAUGUAUAUUAUGUAUUAUUUUAUAUAUUAUUAUUUAUAUAUGUAUCUACUUGAAAUAUUUUUUUUUACAUUUAUACUUGCUAUUAUUUUUUAUUUAAUUUAUAAACAUUUUCAAAAUAGUUUUAUGUUAUUAAAAUAAAAUGUAUACCUACUACAAA